AUGGCAGAGAUUGUGAUCUCAAUCGUGUCAAAGGUUGCAGAAUACUUGGUGGGUCCGAUUUCACAUGGAGCUGCAUAUUUGUUCUGCUUUAAGCAAGUUAAUGAAGACUUCGAGAAAGCAAAACAAGAGCUGGAGACGAAACUAGAAGACGUGAAAAAGCGCAAGGAAGAAGCUGAUCGAAAAACUGAAGAAAUAAUGACAUCCGUGAAGACGUGGUUGGAUGAUGUGAAUGCAAUCCUAGAAGAGGUGCAAAAGCUGCAACAAGAGUUUGAAGGAGGACGAAACAAGUGUUUUAAUGUAUCACUAAGAUAUUCUUUAGCAAAGCAAAUGGAAAAUAAGGCUAAGCGCAUGAUAGAUCUCAAACAAAAUUCCAACUUUGAGCCAUUUUCCCAACUGACCCAACUUCCUGGCAUUAAAUACUUCUCUUCCAAAGGGUUUAUGGAUUUUGACUCAAGGAAAUCAAUUUAUGAUCGUCUUUUGGAGGCAAUUAUAAAUGGCAAAAACAAGAUGGUGGGACUAUAUGGUAUAGGGGGCUCAGGCAAAACAACUUUGGCAAAGCAAGUGAGCAAGAAAGUGGAUGAGUUGAAGCUUUUUGACAAGGUCAUCACGGUAGUCGUUUCUAAGCCCCCAAAUAUUCUGAACAUUCAACAAGAAACAGCAGAGCAAAUAGGCUUGCCAUUUCAAGAGGCAACUCAACUUAAUAGAGCACAAAGGCUGUCAGAGGGAUUGAAAAAUAAGAAGAUUCUUAUAAUCCUGGAUGAUGUGUGGAGCGAACUAUGUCUUGAAGAAAUUGGAAUUCCAUUAAAUGAAGGUUGUUGUGUAUUGUUGACCACUCGUCUUCGUGAUGUAUGUGUUUCUAUGGAUUGUGAAAGUAUUAUGGAAUUGUCUCUCUUAACGAAGGAAGAGUCAUGGGCAUUGUUCAAGAUGCGUGUUAAAACAACCAACGUCUCAAUGAAUGAGUUUGAUAGCAUUGGAAGGCAAAUUGUUGAUGAGUGUAAAGGUUUGCCUAUUGCGAUUGUGAUAGUUGGAAGCACAUUAAAAGGAAAGAGUAUUCAAGCGUGGAAGUCAACACUAAGGAGGCUACAACAUCCCCUAUCAUUGGAUAUUGAAGAUGAUUUGAAGACCCUUUAUGCAAUUCUUGAAGUAAGUUAUGAUAAUUUGCCGAGUUCACUAGCCAAGUCGCUCUUCAUAUUGUGUUCUAUGUUCCCUGAGGAUCAUGAAAUCCAUAAAGAGGAUUUAAUUCGUUUUGGCAAAGGGACUUUAAAGCUUGGUGACGAUAUUUAUACAAUAGGGGAUGCAAGGAAUAGGGUUGUAGCGAAUAUUGAGACAUUGUUAGAUUCUUGUUUGUUAAUGGAUACCAAUAAGCAGGAAUGUGUAAAAUUGCAUGAUGUGGUUCGAGAUGUAGCCUUACGGAUUGCGAAGAAGCAACAUCAAGAAGUUUUGGUGGAUAGCCAUUCAAUUUCGAACAUGCUGGUAAGCAACUGUCAAAGAGGAAAUGAUACGAAGGCACUCUCACUGUGGAAUUUGGAUGAGAAUUUCAAGGUCUCUAAUGAAUUGCGUUGUCCAUCACUUGAGAUUUUGCUACUUCAACCUAAUGGUUUCAUUGAAGAUAUUGGAGGAAUAAGAACACUUAAAGUGUUGGCACUCAUAGAAGAUGGCUUUCGAUGGGGAUUUUGGUCAUCAACUUUUUGCUCAAUCCCACAAUCAAUUGUAUUGUUAACAAAUCUUCAAACAUUAUGUCUUAGAGGGAAACAAUUGGGUGACAUCUCUUUUUUGGGUGAACUCAAAGGAUUGGAGAUUCUUGAUUUGCGUGGUUCUUUAUUUAAUGAAUUACCUGCUGAAAUUGCAGACAUGAAAAUGCUGAAACUCUUGGAUAUAUUUGGUUGUGAAAUUGAGAAAAGCCCUUUAGAAGUAAUUGGAAGAUGUGAGCAGCUUGAAGAAUUAUACUUCUGGGAGAAGAAAUCUGUCAUCCCUGAGAAUUUCUCUCUUUCAAGGUUGAAGAGGUAUGUCAUCUAUGAUUCCACAUGCAGAAUGAUUGAUGAAUAUAUGGGCAACUCUUUCCAAGAAUAUUUGGAUAGUUGUGAUGAAGCAUUAAGAGCUUUAUGCAUACAAGGCUUCAGAAUCUUUGCCCUGACUUCGUCAAUGAAGGAUCUCAUUUUUCGUGCAAACCACCUUUGGUUAGAUAAUUGUUCGUGGGAUCAUAAAGAUAUAAAUUUUAGGAUAAAGCACCUCGUGGUAUCAUUCUGUCAAGAGAGAAGAUUCAUCAUUGAGAACUCUGAUAUGAACACUCUUCAAACACAACAAAUGUUCUUAGACUUGAUCACUUUACGAUUGUUUGAAAUGAAUAGUCUUGAACAGGUGUUUCGAGCUUCAUCUAUCAGCUACUCUCUCCCCAUGUUACAAGAGCUGUCGAUACAAAGUUGUCCUGAGUUGAGAACGUGCAUCUUCCCCCAUGCCAUGGUUACGAGCUUGCCAAAGUUGAGGAAACUUGAGAUUGAGGGUUGCGACAAAGUGAAAUGGUUAUUCUGUUAUUCUUUGGCUUCUCAUUGUCCUUCCUUGGAGAAGAUAAUUAUAACCGAUUGCUUUAAGCUUGAGAGGCUCAUUGAUGAAGAAGCUGCACAUGGGGAUCCAUCACUUCAUGACAUGCAAUACUGUCAUCCACAUGGAAAGGAAACUGACAGUGCUUAUGUGGGCGUUACAGCAAAAAGAUUCAAUCAGUUGCAAAAUGAGCAAUCCUUGAUACUUUUUCUAAGGUUGAAAAGUCUACAAAUUAAAAGGAGUGGAAAAAAGAAAGGUAUAUUGGAAAUCCAAGUCAGAGGAAGAGUAGAAGAUGAUGAAGAAUCUAUUAAAGCCCAAGAACCUCUAAAGCUGGAUUCAGAGAUGAGUGAAUUAAAAUUAGAUGAUCUACCAGAAUUGGAAUAUAUUUGGAAGGGCCCCACCCAAAUUGUGAGCCUCCAUAGACUUGAAAAUGUUUUGUUGUGGAACUGCCCAAAACUAAAAAGUAUCUUCACUCUAGCUAUUGUUGCAAGCCUUCCAGAGUUGAGAACACUUGAAGUAUAUUGCUGUGAGGAAUGGGAGGGAAUAUUUUGUGAAGAAUCACUCAAAAACCUCUCUUCUUCUAAUAUUUGCUUCCCCAAACUUAAGCAGAUUGACAUAUAUGAUUGCAGCAGAGUGAGAUGGUUGUUAUCUUAUUCUCUUGCAUCUCAUUGUCCUUCACUAGAGAUUAUAUCCAUAGACCAUUGCUCUGAAUUUGAGAGGCUCAUUGAUGAAGAAGCUGCACAUGGGGAUCCACUACUUCAUGAUAUGCAAGAUCAUCCACAGCAACCUUUGAUCCGAAAUUGUUCUGAACUUGAGAGGCUUGCUGAAGAAGCAUCAUAUGGGGAUCGGCUACCACUUCUCAAACUGAAGCGCUUACGCUUGUUGUCAUUGCCGAAAUUGAGAGAGAUCUUCCCUCACAAACACGACAAUGACACAGUGAGGGUGGUAAAGUCAGAAUUGUGUGCUGUACAGUUAGGAGAUCUACCGGAAUUAGAAUAUAUUUGGAAAGAUCCCACACAAAUUUUGAGCUUCCAUAGACUUGAAUAUAUUGCACUGAGGAAAUGCCCAAGAUUAAGAAAUAUGUUCACUGUUGCUGUUGUUACAAGCCUUCGAAAGUUGAGGGAACUUGAUGUAAGAAGAUGCAAUGAAUGGGAGGGAAUAUUUUGUGAAGAGUCACUUAAGAAUCUGUCUACUACUUCCACUAGAAUAACUAUAGAGAAUUGCUAUGAACUGGAGGGGGUUGUUGAAGCUUAUGAAGGUGAAGUAGCUGCUCAUCAUCAAAGGCUGUUUCCUAAACUGAAUUAUUUGAAGCUCAGUGAUUUGCCAAAGUUGAGAGAGAUUUAUGAAGGUUAUGAAUUCAACCUCCUUUCUGGUACUAUAACAAUCAAAGAUUGUCCAAACAUAUCAAAAAUCUCAAAAAUCCCAUUAGAAGACAAACCCUCAUCAUCAGUUAAUUUGACCAGAUUGCUUAUGUGGGGUGCCAUAUGGUAUGACAACUCAUCCUCCCUCUCUUCCUCUCUUCCACAUCAUGGGAUAAGCUUGCGUUUUGAUAAGGGGAGGUUUGGAAUUGCCGUUGUGAUACUUGAGGCGGUGGGAGUUGUUUCGAGUAGCAAAGGAGGAGAGUACUCAGGGUCUCAAAUAGAUCUGACGAGCAUGUUGUGGGGAAAGGAAACUGACAGUGCUUAUGUGGGUGUUAUUGCAAAAAACUUCAAUCAGUUGCAAAAUCAGCAAUCCUUGAUCCUUUUUCUCAGGUUGAAAAGUCUACAAAUUGAAAGCAGUGGAAGAAAGAAAGGUAUAUUGGAAAUCCAAGUCAGAGAAAGAGUAGAAGAUGAUGAAGAAUCUAUUAAGGCACAAGAACCUCUAAAAUUGGAUUUAGAGUUGAGUGAAUUAAAAUUAGGUGGUCUACCAGAAUUGGAAUAUAUUUGGAAGGGUCCCACCCAAAUUGUGAGCCUUCAUAGACUUGAAAAUGUUUCAUUGGGGAGAUGCCCAAAAUUAAAAAAUAUCUUCACUCUUGCUAUUGUUGCAAGCCUUCCAGAGUUGAGAAGACUUGAAGUAGAUGAUUGCGAGGAAUGGGAGGGAAUAUUUUGUGAAGAAUCACUCAAAAACCUCUCUUCUUCUAAUAUUUGCUUCCCCAAACUUAAGGAGAUUGAGAUAUCUUAUUGCAACAAAAUGACAUGGUUGUUAUCUUAUUCUCUAGCAUCUCAUUGUCCUUCACUAGAGUACAUAUACAUAGACAGUUGCUAUGAAUUUGAGGGGCUUAUUGGUGAUAUGCAAGAUCAUCCACAGCAACCUUUGAUCCGAAAUUGUUCUCAACUUGAGAGGCUUGCUGAAGAAGCAUCAUAUGGGGAUCGGCUACCACUUCUCAAACUGAAGCGCUUACGCUUGUUGUCAUUGCCGAAAUUGAGAGAGAUCUUCCCUCACAAGCAGGGGAAUGACACAGUGAGGGUGGCAAAGUUAGAAUUGUGUUCGAUAGUGUUAGUUAAUCUACCGGAAUUAGAAUAUAUUUGGAAAGGCCCCACACAAAUUUUGAGCCUCCAUAGGCUUGAAUAUAUUAUACUGAGGGAAUGCCCAAGAUUAAGAAAUAUGUUCACUGUUGCUGUUGUUACAAGCCUUCCAGAGUUGAGGGAACUUGAAGUAGAUGAAUGCAACGAAUGGGAGAGAAUACUUUGUGAAGAGUCACUUAAGAAUCUGUCUACUUCUUCCACUGUUUGCUUCCCCAAACUUGAGACCAUUUUUAUAUCUCGUUGUCACAAAGUGAGAAGGGUGUUCCCAUAUUCUCUGCCAUCUCAUUGUGCUUCAUUGAAGAAAUUAUAUAUAUGGGAUUGCUGUCAACUGGAGGGAGUUGUUGAAGCUUACGAAGGUGAAGUAGCUGCUCAUCAUCAUCAAAGGCUGUUUCCUGAACUGAAUUAUUUGUAUCUCCAGAAUUUGCCAAAGUUGAGAGAGAUUUAUGAAGGUUAUGAAUUCAACCUCCUUUCUGGUACUAUAACAAUAGAAGAUUGUCCAAACAUAUCAAAAAUCUCAAAAAUCCCAUUAGAAGACAAGCCCUCAUCAUCAGGUUCGUAG